AUGGCCGCCGAAGCGGGAGACGACGGCCUCCGGCGCCUCCCUCCCGGGCCCGGGCCCGGGCCGGACCGCAUCAGCGCCCUCCCGGACGAGCUGAUACAGGCGAUCCUCGCCUGGCUCCCGUCCACCGCGGCCGCCGCGCGCACCAGCGCCGUCUCCCGUCGCUGGCGCCACGUCUGGACCGGCGUCCCGGCGCUCUCCUUCCACGUGGAGCAGAAGCCCCUGCGCGAGUAUUCGUCGACCGACGCCGCCCUCGACGCCGCCCUCGACGCAUACUCCGACUCCGCGGCGCUGAGCCGCCUCACCAUCGACGUGGACGGCCCAUCGCCCGCGCCCCGCAUCGCCCCCUGGCUGCGCUUCGCGUCGCUGCGCCUCGCCGGCGAGCUCCGCCUCACUCUGAAAGGCGGCGCCCCCAAACAGCCGGUCAUGAUGGGCCCGCUCGUGCACCACCCGAUCGCCAUGGGCCCGUUCGUGCAUCAGCCGGUCCUGCUGGCGAUCGGCGACCUCAUGCAGCAGCUCGAGCUGCCGGCCUGCGAGAGGGCGACGCGCAUCGAUCUCGCCGGGAUCAACUUCGCGCUCCGCCUGCCCCCCGCCGGCGCUUUCGCGGCCCUGCGCAUCCUGAGGAUCAGCGUCACCGAUCUGGUGCGGGGCGACGUCGGCCACCUCGUGUCCACGCAGUGCCCGCGCCUGCGGGACCUCGAGCUGUGCGGCGUGACUCUCGAGGCCGCCAACCUCUCCAUCAGCUCCGCCUCUCUCGAGAGACUCGUGCUCAGGCGUGUCAGCAUCAAGAACGAAGGGCGGAUCGAUGUCGCUGCCCCGAGUAUGUACUACCUGGCUUUGGACAACUGCGGCGGCAGAUCUGUCGCAGUCACCAUCGCCACCGCCAUGCUGGCCGAGCUGAUUUGGAACCAUGCCUACGACCCUAGACUCCAUAAACUCGAGGGGGCUGAUCGCCAAAUCUACAGGCUGGUAGCUACCUACGGGUCCAACGCGGCCCUGUUCAGACGGUUUGAUGCCGUCGAUGAGCUGUGCCUCCGCUUGUCCAUGCUAUCGGACCAGUUAGCUGUAAACGAACCUAGGAUAGAAUGGCAUAAGUGCUUUUUUGUUAAUUUGUUUGUACUUGGUUAG